UCCGGUUGUGAAUGAAAACAAACAUUGAUGUCAAAAGGCUGAUAAACAGGACGUGAAUCAUGAGAUAGUGAAAGGAUCACACAUUUAUGAGUUAUCAAGAUAAGCAAUAAGGAUGUUGCCUGGAGUCGACUCAAGGGACAUUGGAUCAUGUUCUAAAAGGAAAAUUAUUUUCACAUUGAUAGACAUUUGCAUCGUUGGAUUGGCUGCACUUCCUUUGUUGAUAUUCAAAGUAUCUGUGACCCCGUAUACCAGGGGUUUUUACUGUGAUGAUGACAGCAUCAGGUAUCCAUUCAAGUCGUCCACAGUGACUUCAGCAGCCCUCUACAGCAUUGGCUUUGUGGUCAACAUCAUACUGAUUCUCCUCUUUGAAUUCAUCCAUUAUUACUUCGGCAGCAUCUUAGGAUCCACUAAUGGCAGCCCAUCCGAGACUACAAGCUACACAGACAGCUCCUUACAGAGUCCUGGCUCAACAAGACGUAAAAUCUACCAAUAUUUCUACCAUGUGUACCGAGUGUUCCUUCCAUUUGUGUUUGGUGCAGUCAUACAACACCUGACAACAAACAUUGGGAAAUACAGCAUCGGCCGACUGCGUCCUCACUUUCUGUCUGUGUGUCAACCAGACCCAUUGAAGUUCAGAUGUGACACAGGGUAUAUCACUGUUGAUGUCUGUACAGGAGAUCAGUCACUGAUCCGAGAGGCAAGACUUUCUUUCCCAUCAGGACAUGCUUCAUUCUCUACCUAUUCAAUGAUUUUUGCCAUGCUGUAUGUCCAGGCGCGUUUGAGAUGGAGAAGUGUCCUUCUGUUGCGCCCACUGCUUCAGCUGAUUCUGUUCUACCUUGCGUAUUACACCUGUCUGUCCCGGGUGUCUGACUACAAGCAUCACUGGAGUGACGUGCUGGCAGGAGCCAUUAUAGGGACUGUGACAGCACUGCUAGUGGUAUUUAAAGUAUCUGACCUAUUUGAGGCUGGAACCAAGAAUAUCAAAGCAGGCUCACCUGUUAUUCAAAACAUGGUGGUCCAAACUCCCGAGCACCGAGCCAUGGACAUUCAGCAUUAUACGGAAAUCACCAAACCAACAAGGCAGCAGCAGUACAUUCCAAAACACAUAAAUACCAUGUCAUACAGCCCUCAGAUUUCCCAGGAAGAAUACGAUGACAGAUACUACAUAUCGGGGGCCAGGCAGAGAAAUGGGGUCUCACAAGGUUACCCUAGAAAUGACUCCAGAAUGGGAGCCGAGGGCGAAAGUGCUACUCAGGUUUAUUACAUCAACGCCCCAGGCAAUAGGCAUUCUGAUCGGGAGAGUAACAACACAUUAUCAAAAAUGACCACACAGUUGUGAACAUCCUCUGAUGCUGGUAGAAAAUUGUCCAUUCUAGUCAUUUAAAUUGUAAAACAAUAAUCAAUGCAAACAAAUACUUUUAAUUUUAUAUCCAUUGUAUUUGUAUACAGUUUUUACCACAUCAUUAUUUCAUGUCAGCUAUUUCAUUCAACAAUCUUGUACAUGUGUAAUCUUCUUUUCUAUGAUAUUGUUAUUUCACAAAAGUUAGCAUUAGAGAACAAAUUUAAACCUCGAUGUAUAGCAUCUUUAAGAGUAAAAAAUACAGGUUUGAUGAAAUUGUACACAAGGUUUGUGUGUAGCACUUUGUUGCAUGAUAUAGUGCUUCAUAAAUUGGGACUAUACUGUCUCAAUGUGUUAUUGCCCCUGUACAAAAACGUAGAUCUAUGAAUAUUUUAUCUUUACAGAUACCGCUGCUUAGUCCCUUGAAUGUGACUGGAGUCAUUAAAUUGUAUAUAUUUGAAAUCUCUAUGACAUUUUAGAUUGUAUUAUAUAAGAGAUUCUUUGUUGUGCACAGUGAUUUUACUACACUAUGUAGGUCCCCUGUUCGGUCGUGUACACAAACUAAUGUAUAACCGGCUAUUUUUGCGUAUCACAAAUUUUGCAAAAAUACCCCCAAAACACUGUAAUGUUUUAUUUGCUUAGUUCUUUAUUUGCGAUUCUCCAAGUUACAAAUUAAUUGACACUUGACAGGUUUCAAUUUUGUUCAGAACAAACAUUACUGUUACUUGUGUUGUCACUCAACAAGUUAACAGGUGCUUGUACAGUGAUAACGCCUGACCACCGUUAAAGAUAAUUAGUACUUAGUAACACCCGGGGUGGUGAGUUUCUACUGAGUUAUUCUUAUGUUGUAAGAUAUAGUACACAAUUGGUGUAAAUUUUAUGUGAAUUUAAUCGUUUGUGACUCAAAAAUACUCACAAAGAAAGCAAAAAUUGGAUUAUCGCGAUAAAACCAUGUUAUACAGUAGAAUGACAGUCUUGACAUAUUUAGAAUCUUUUUUAAAUUUCUGAAAAUAUUGAAAUACAUAUAGUCAGUGUUUAACCUUAACUAAUGUCUAUCAUCCUGAGCUGUAACUGUAAGGAUUGACAAAUUUAAAACAUAGUCUGUUCAUUGUGCUAGUAAAAAAAUAUAAAUUUCGAUUAUUCUACGAAAAUAACUCUGAACUCUGCUUUUGAUCAAUAGACAUGUAUUUCUUCAAGCAAAAAUUAUAAAGUUAACAGCCGAACUAAAUCGAGAUGUAGAUAUGAACAGAGAUGUUUGUACUGAAAGAUACAUGCCCUCCUUUCCCCAUAUUGAAAUCCGUUUGACCCGAAAACCAGUUGUGGUCAUCUAGUAGUGAUAAUCAAUUUGCUUGUUAUGUUUGCAAAAAAGUUCCACGACCUUUUGACCUGAAAAUCAGUAGGAUCAUUUAGCCAUAAUGCCACCCUGCGUAUGAAAUCUGAUGACAGUAUCGGAAAUUGGAUUUUCUAAUUACCAACUGAACAAUAAUUGAUGUAUGUGUAUAGUAUAGGAGAGAAAAUCUGUGGCUGGACCGGGAAUCAACUUGGGAACCCUGCAUUACUAGUCAGGUACUCUAACCGCUGAGCUACCCAGGCCGAUAUCCAUGACCCAUAUAGCCCUAACUACAACAUAUGCUUAUUACAAAAAUUAAACAAAAGGCUGGGUUUUCUCAUCAUCAAUUGGACAACUAGUGUCAUAUGCAUGCUAGAGAAUGAAUGACCUUCUGACCUGAAAUUCAGUUGAGGUCAUCUACCAAAUCAUGGUCAACCUAUGUAUAAAGUUUGUUAAUCAAAUGGAUAUUGAGGAGAUAUCGCAGUAUUUGGUCUACUUUUUUAAUCUUAGUACUUGUUUAAUGUUUGUAAUUUUUAUACAUUUGAUUUUUGUGAUUUAGAAUUCAUUGUAUUGUAAGCCAACUUUUAUUUAAUGUGACAAUUUUUAAUUUUCAUGUCAUAGAACCAGUUCCACAGUUUGAAAUGAGUUGUGUUUCUUUCAAUCAUUUAGUUAUUCGAAACCUUCUAGGCAAAUCUAUGAAUUGUUAUUUUCUUUUUAAAAGGUUGUUUUUUAAAAUGACUGUUGGAUUUGGUGAUAGAGUAAUGAUUCCGGAUAUUUGAGGUAUGACCAUACGGAGUUCUCAAUUAGUCACUUUACAUCACGUGAUCUCAUUUGUGUAUAAAUACCGAGACUCCGCAGUCCAAACUUCCGCCAGAGGUCGUUUGCACACAAACCAAACUUCCGCCAGAGGUCGUUUGCACACAAACCAACCUCAGUGUCUCUGUGUGUGGAGACGGAGAGGACUAUGGGUAGUAUGUCCACAGUCGUCUGUGUCAUUCUGAUAGAAGACCCAUCCAAGUAGAGAGGACGAGAUUAUGUGUACAUGUACUAAUAAAGUAUUCAUAGUAAACAA